CAUCACCCAUACUGCAGUCCUGAGUGCAGACCACAACAGAAAGAGCUAGCACUCCCGGUCAAUCGCCCCUCGCUCCCACUCGUGUAAGAUGGCAGGCACUCCGGACGUGAACCUGGACGGCAGCCUGAUCACCGGCUGCACACCCUUCGGCUCGCGCACGACGACGCUGUCCCUGCACAAUGAGGAGGAGACGGCCAUCGCCGCGGGGAAUGGCGAUGGCAACGAGCCCAGCGGCCGGUACAUUCUCGUGGCGGGGCGCGCCGACGAGAAGGACGGCCUGCGCCAGACGAUCGCGGGCGGCGUCCUCAAGCCAGGGAUCACGUACCGCGUGGCCGGGUGGAUCGGCCUGGGCGCAGGCGCGGCGCGGGGGACGAGCCACCCGGUGCGCGUCAACCUUGGUGUCACUAUGGACGACGAUGACAAUGAGAGCCUGCAGGUGGAGUGCGGCGCGGUCUGCGCCGAGGCCGGCGGGUGGACGGAGAUCAUGGGCGCCUUCCGCCUCAGGACGGAGCCGCGCGGCGCUGCGCUUUACGUCCACGGCGGCCCCGCCGGCGUCGGCGUCAAGGUCAUGGAUCUCCGCGUUUUCCAGACAGACCGCGAGGCGCGCUUCCGGCAGCUCAAAGACAAGACUGACCAGGCGCGCAAGAGGGACGUGAUCCUCAAGCUGGGCGCGGCGACGGGAGCGGCGUCCGUGCGCGUCGUGCAGAUGGACAACAGUUUCCCUUUCGGGACAUGCAUCAACACGACGGUGAUCCAGAACCCGGCCUUCCUCGACUUCUUCACCAACCACUUCGACUGGGCAGUCUUCGAGAACGAGCUCAAGUGGUACCACACGGAGGCGCAACAGGGCCAGCUCAACUACGCCGACGCCGACGCGCUCCUCGCGCUCUGCGACCGCCUGCGCAAGCGCGUCCGCGGCCACUGCGUCUUCUGGUCCGUGGACGGCGACGUGCAGCAGUGGGUCAAGAACCUCGGCAAGGACGAGCUGAAGUCCGCCGUCCAGAGCCGCCUCGAAGGCCUCGUCUCCCGCUACGCCGGCAAGUUCCCGCACUACGACGUCAACAAUGAGAUGCUGCACGGCCAAUUCUUCCGGGACCGCCUCGCCGACGAGGACGUCCCGGCGUUCAUGUUCAAGGAGGUGGCGCGGCUCGACCCGGAGCCCGCGCUCUUCGUCAACGACUUCAACGUGGAAUGCGGCAACGACCCCAACGCGACGCCGGAGAAGUACGCCGAGCAGGUCGCGUGGCUGGAGAGCUGCGGCGCCGUGGUGGGCGGCAUCGGGCUGCAGGGCCACGUGCAGAACCCCGUCGGGGAGGUCAUCUGCGCCGCGCUCGACAGGCUCGCCACCACCGGCGUGCCCAUCUGGUUCACGGAGCUGGACGUGUCGGAGCCCGACGUGAGCCUCCGCGCCAAGGACUUGGAGGUGGUGCUCCGGGAGGCAUACGCGCACCCUGCGGUGGAGGGCGUCGUGCUCUGGGGGUUCAUGCAGAACACGAUGUGGCGGCAGGACGCCUGGCUCGUAGACGCCGACGGCACCGUCAACGAAGCUGGCCAGAUGUUCCUGAACCUCCAGAGGGAAUGGAAGACGGACGUGCGCGGGAACGCCGACGGCGAUGGAAACUUCAAGUUCAGGGGCUUCCACGGCAGAUACUUCGUCGAGGUCACCACGGCGACGGGGUGUCGGAUGCUCAAGACGUUCACGGUGGAGAAAGGAGACAACACGCCUCUCCUGGUGGAUUUGGGCGAUGCCUGAGUGCCUGACGGUAGAUCUAUCUACACUUGUACUAGUAUAUACUUACCAAUCUGAUUACAUGUAUGUACAUGGGUCAUACGCUGAUGUGAUUGACACGUUAAGGAAGGUGCUCUAUAAAUACUGAA